AUGGCGGACGAGGCGCCAAGUGGACGAAACCUACGACCCAAUGUUCGGCGUCCCAGGACUGACGAAGAAUUAUUCAAUAACAUCACGCCCCCAGAGCGACCUCGACGUUAUCAAGCAUUCACUGGGGGCGAGUCACACCCCGGCCCAUCUCAACGAUCGCAGCGGAAUAGCAGAGGUACGUCUUGUCCAACACAAUCAAUACCACCGACUUCCCUUCUUACCGCUCUAUUGAUUACUGAUGAUCGUGUGGAAGUUCCACAACGAGAAACAAGACAGCCUGGAAAGUUGUUUGCACCCCGCGAGUACAGCUAUCAGCAGCCUACGCAGCCUACAGAGGAGGCCAUAGUGAGCGUGGAGCCGUUGAUUUUUGACACCGACAAUUUUGACAUAGACAAUCAGGGCACAGACGAUCUCGGGUCAGACGAUUCUGACCCCGACAAGGUCCCAAUAGGCCUGCAACCCUUGCAAUUUGGUACAGACGAGGAUCCUCAAUACACAUAUCCGUCUGCCAACUCGGACGAUCAAUCCGAAAUGAGCUACUUCUCCGACAAUCAAGGAGACAGUGCAAGGCUAAUGACGGAAGACGACGACUCUCUAAUCCCCCCUGGUCGAGAGCCAUUCGUAAGGCGAAGCCGCUUCAGAACCAAAACACCUUCACCGCCUUGGUAUUCUCCAAGCGAGCAAUUCUCCCAGGGUGCCGAUCACUGGAAUAGCACGGUCAAUCAAGAGGCACAGUUCAUGAACGAAAUGGAAGAUAGUGACGACGAACCCCCUGGGCAAGAGCUUUCCUUCAGGACACCAACGGAAUGGGAAGAUCUUUCUGAUCGCCUGCAACAGGAUCUGAUUAAUAGCGUGGCUGCCAUCACACCGAGAGCAAAUGAAAAAGACCGCCUAGACAGUAUUCGAUUAUUUCUUCGUAUCAGUUUGGAACAAUGGCGGCAAAUCAAGACACGAGUACUGCAGAGGCAAGUUGCCUGCAACGAAGAGAAUCAAGCUAUUUAUAAUCUCAUGCAAGAAACGCAUACCAGAAUACUGGCAGGGGAUAGAAGUGUUGGAAAGCAAAGCGUCCGCGAGGCAACCAGGGAUCGUCAUUUUGAACCCCUGAUAGAGGAGGAUGCCGAUGAGAAGGGUCCUUAUACGGAGGACGAGGCAAAAAGGGCCAUGGAUUACUGGACAUACUGCGGAUUCAAUAUCAACGACCUUAAAUUGAGUGCCGAGAUACAGAAGACGCGCGUGUAUUGCUCCUUGUUUACCAAAGACGAUCAGCCCACCAUAAGUGAAGAUCAGACGCCUACACAGCCCUCACCUAAGCGACCGCAGCCUGUAUCAUCAGUGUCGGGAGGGCAGAUGCCGACUCCUGAAGCGUCGCCCAAGUCCCCUCGAACCAAUCCAGGACUUGCAGAAAGUGCUAGCGAGCAACUCAAUGCGGACACUCCCUCACCAACCAAAGAGACCCAGCCCACUGACUCUCGCCCCAAGAACGCCAACAUUAAUGUCGCCCUCGCUGACACCGUCGACCUCGAGAUUGCGGAGCCCGACAAAUCCCUGGCCGCAACCAAGUCAAGACUCGCCUUUGGCACACAAAACACCCAGCAGCCUAUUCAACAACCCGGCCCAUAUCCCAACCCCUACUCCACCCAACAGCCGCGCCCACAAGCGCCCACAGCUCCCAUGACCCCCUUUUCCUCUUCACAGCAGCAGGUUGAGGCGGUCAGACUGCACGCUAUGGUGGUUGCGAGGCAGAACAUGGCACAUAAUCGGAUGCAGACUGCUAUGGCGGGGAUGGGCAGGGGACAGCCUCCGGUGAGGGGUGAGGAUGUGGGGACAGAGCCGAGGUCAGAGGGGGAAACCGAUAGGGUAACAGGAGGACUUGAGGAAGUAGAGGGGGAAGAGGGGAACGAGAAGCCUGUGGGAAAGGUGGUGGGGAAGGGUGUCGUGAAGGAGAAGGGGAAGGGGAGGAAGAGGCGGAGAAGUCCCGAAGCUUGA